CCCGGGCUCUCGUUCACUUCUUUGUUGAACGCGCCUUUUCUUUCCACCCGGCAUCUGGAAGAAAGAAGCAAAAAACGCAGCAGCCCAGACGAAACGAAAGCUUGUGCUUCGUGAAGCCGUAUUCCUUGUGGUUCCGAUUAAAGUGCGCUGUUCGUUACACAAUAUUCUAUUUUUCUGCCGUUGAAACGUUUUCCCACUAAAGCGCGCAAGUGUUAUUGGGAAAAUCGAAGUGAGCAAGCAUUAUUCGUGAAACAAUUUUGGCGUGUUCUGGAAAAAGGACCACUAGUUCAUAUCUUGAAAUGGAAGUCAAAUCAAAGCGGGGUCGUCCGGCUAAAAAAGAAAUCUCAGUAGAGGUAAACAACGUUGAGGCGGAAACAGUAAAAAAUGGUGGCGGUAAGAAAAAAGCAACACCCAAAGCUGUAAAAACAGCCAAAGAAACUUCCGUUCCAGAGCCAGCCGAUCCGAUCGAGGACAAGAAAAAACCAGGACGUAAAGGUAAAGCUGCUGCUCCUGUGGUGGCUGAUGCAGAUCCAUUAGACAACGUUACAGCUGCACCUGAAGAACCUAGUAAAGGCCGGAAGGGUCGCAAACCGGCUAGCGCCAAAGAAGAAGUUGUGGCUGAAGUGCCGGCAAAGAAAGGUCGCGGAAAAAAGGCUGUAGAGGAAGUAGUUGCUGCACCAGCGAAGAAAGGGAAAGCUGUUGAGAAUGGAACCUCUUCACCGGUCAAGGGCAAGGGUCGAGGUAAAGGAUCGUCUAAAGAUGUAGAGCCAGAAGCAGCACCGGAAGUUGUGGCGGCACCCGCAAAACGGGGACGGGGCAAAGCGAAGGCUGACACAACGGAACCAGAGGAAGAAAUAGCGCCAUCUCCAGUGAAAAAGUCCAAACAAUCUACCAAGGAACCCUCUCCGAAAAAGGCAAGCCCGAAAAAAGUAGAUUCUGAAGCGGUUAGCGAAGAACCAAAAGCGGCUGGCCGAGGGCGCAAGAAGGCAGUCGAUGAAAAACCUGCAUCACCCGCGAAAUCUCCGGCGGCGCCAGUCAAACGAGGACGCGGCAAAAAAGCAGCGACCGAACCUGAGGCCAACGAACAACAGUCCGUAUUGAAAGUAACGAAAAAGUCCACCAGAAAGCAAUCUACCGAAGAGAAGGAUGCUCUUGCACCACUGAAUGGAGUUACCCAACGUCGAAAGAAGAAAGCAGAGGAACCGCUCGAGCAGGAUGAAGAUGCAAAGCAAAGCACGAUCGAACCGAAAGCAAAGAAAUCGAAAUCCGAAAAGAAACCCGCGGCCCCAAAGAUGAACAAAUCGGCAACUGACUUCACCAAGAUAAACUUCGAUUUGCUUGGCAAGGAAUAUAACUAUAAAAUCGCCAGCUGGAAUGUGGCUGGUCUGCGGGGACUGGUCGAGAAAGGUGCGUGGGAGUACGUUGAGCACGAGAAACCGGAUAUCCUGUGCGUGCAGGAAACCAAGUGCACCGAAGAACAGCUACCGGAUGCGGCACGUCACAUCAAGGGUUAUCAUCCGUACUGGCUAUGCAAGCCUGGUGGUUACGCCGGAGUCGCUAUCUACUCUAAGAAAAUGCCCUUUAACGUAACCUACGGGUUGGGAGACGAGGAGCAGGAUGCCGACGGUCGUCUGCUGACGGCUGAGUACGAAAAAUUCUAUCUGGUAUGUGUGUAUGUCCCUAACGCGGGGCGAAAGCUGGUCACCUUGCCGAAGCGAUUGCGGUGGGACGAAAAGUUCCAUCAGUAUCUCAAAGAGUUGGACGCGAAAAAGCCGGUCAUUGUCUGUGGGGAUAUGAACGUUGCACACGAAGAGAUCGAUUUGACUAAUCCCAAGACCAACAAGAAGAAUGCGGGUUUCACCCAGGAAGAAAGAGACGGAAUGACUAAACUACUAUCUUUGGGCUUCGUCGACACGUUCCGGCAACUUUACCCGGAACAGAAAGGCGCCUACACUUUCUGGUCCUACAUGGGCAAUGCUCGAUCGAAAAAUGUUGGCUGGCGGCUCGACUAUUUCAUCACCUCGGAACGACUAGUUAGCAAAGUAGUAGAUAACGUAAUGCGUUCGGAGGUCUACGGCAGCGAUCACUGUCCGCUUACGUUAUUCCUGAAUAUCUAAUAUGAAAAUCGACCAUUCGGUGGUGUAAUUUGUAUUAUUAUUGAAUGUUUUAUUUUGUGUUUUUGACAUAUUACUCAGGCUCGAAAACGACCAAUGUAAGUUUUCUCAGAUCAUUCGUUUACCUUUGUUAUAAGUUGUAGUUUAGUUUGUUUUGGACUUAUGCUCAGUGAAACAGAUGAAAGGCAUUUAAACCCAAUAGUAACUAGAAUCAUGAUAAAUAUAAUGGUACCUAAUAA